GGGGCCGGGGCCCGCCGCUACCGACGGAGGGGCGGGGCUGCUGCGCGCCGGAACUGACGACACGACGCCUGCGCAGCCGGCGGCCGCGCGGGGCCGGGGGCCAGCCUCGGCCAUGGCGGACCGGGUGCUUUUCCGGCGGGGCACCGGGCAGAGCGACGACUCGGACGUGUGGGACGACACGGCCCUCAUCAAGGCGUACGACAAGGCGGUGGCCUCCUUCAAGAACGCUUUGAAGAAUGGAGAGUGUUCGGAGCCUUCAGACAAAGCGGAGCAGCGCCUGGCGAUGAAGAGGAAAAACAAUAAAAAGAACAGAAAUAGAAAGAAGAGCAACACAGUGCCUUUGAAACAGUGGAAGGUUGGUGACAGCUGUAACGCUGUUUGGUCUGAGGAUGGUAAUAUGUACCUAGCAACUAUUGCCUCCAUCAACCAGAAGACAGGCACGUGUGUUGUUACUUACACGGGAUAUGGAAAUCAGGAGGAGCAGAACCUGUCUGAUCUACUUCCUCCAACCAGCGAUGAAACAGUAAAUGGGAUGGGGAAUUCCGGGGAGAAUGAAAAUGAGACUCCGUAUUCAACAGAUGAAAGCGAAAAAUCUUCCCGGUCAUCUCGAAACAAAAACAAUUGCACAAAAGCAAGAUGCUCCCCUCAAAACCUACGUUUUCCCAUACCACCAGCAGCCCCAGGCCUGGGAAGGCCUGGAUCAAAAUUCAGGACACCUCCAUCAUUUUUGUCUUGCUGGCCCCCGCCCUUCCCCGCAGGACCACCGUUGAUUCCUCCUCCACCACCUAUGAGACCAGACUCUCCCGAGGACGAUGAAGCGUUGGGGAGCAUGUUGAUAGCCUGGUACAUGAGUGGUUAUCACACUGGGUAUUACCUGGGUUUAAAACAAAGUCGAAUGGAAGCAGCACUGGAGAGGGAAACACACACAAAAUAACUGAAUAUCCACCAUUGUUUUGAAGGAUUGCUGCCAUCAUCCAGACAUCGGGUAAAUGAGAAGCGUCUGAGGUGCAGCAGGUGUAGACACUGCUGAACAAUCAGUUUGCCUGCAGACUUUAUUCCCUUCCCUGCAGGAAGGAUGAGCUCCUCCAGGUUAAGAAGAACACCUAAAUUGCAUGCUGCAGAGAGAAGACGACCUUUCUUGUUAAGACUAAACAAGUACAAAUCUUUCAAUGCCAGUGAGCGACAGCAGCAGAGCCAAGUAAAAAAAUAUUUAAAUUUAGAUUCUGGCAAUCGGUUACUAUCAGCUUUCUUUCCUCAGGUUUGCCCCUGCCAUUGUUCACUCUGUAACACAACAGCUUGAAAAGGUCAUUAACAGAAAAGGCAGAACUACUCCACAAAGGGUCUAAGAGGUCUCACAAGUCCUCCGGAGACAAAAGGAAUCUUCCAUGCGGCCAAACUCAAGGGACCCACGGAAAAGAAAUGAGGGUAAUUCUCCCUUCCCAGAAUGCAAGCCUUUUCAACCUUUCCCUGUUCCCUCUAGACAUGGCUUUUUCAGGAGGACCAUCUUGGCUUUCAGAACACUUGAAACAUCUGAUUCCAUAGUUGAGGACAGCCAUCCAUCUCACUCGGCUCAUCCCUCUCAGGAGGUGAACACAUGCCCUUCAUCACAAACUGCUUUGUGAGACCCGAUUUAACAUUCUAGUUCUAGAUACUCUGCUGUAUCUCAGGUGGUAUUUAAGCUGUUCAAGUUAUGUCUUAAGGUCUCCAAAAGAACCUGAAACAAAAUAAUUGUCACAUGUAACAAAUGAGAUCAGCCAAAAGGGAAGACAAGUACAAACCAAAGAUUUCACAAGCUUCCUUGUCAUCAGAAUGUUGCCCAUUAAGAUCCAGCACUUUGAGAGAGACAAAAUUGGUCAGAGCAGCACCUAGGAGGAAAGAAAAAAAAAAAAAAAGAAAACUAUACAUUGUCAUUCUUGGAACUUAAAAUUAUCAGUUUCUCUCAACUAC